AUGAAGUAUAUAAGUUCAUCAAUACAACAAACAUCCGAUAUUGUUUAUAUAGAAUCGCGUCAUUUUACAAAACAGUUCUGUUUAAAUCAACAACAGGUUGAAUCUGUUCAGAGUCGAUCACGUUUUUGUAGUAUUUCAAUCAUUAAAUCCAAAUCUAUUCAAUUGGAUGAAUAUUUACAAGAACGGCAAGAUCGUAUUCGUAUUUUUAAUCAUCUUCUAACGAAACGAUUAAGAGCAGCUCUGAAUUUAACCCUUGAUUCCUUCCAACUUCUGCGUCCAUUAGGCGAAGGAGGUUAUGGUUCAGUUUUUCUCGCUUACCAUCCAGAUACGAAUGAAUAUCUCGCACUAAAAGCUAUCACAAAAAGCUCACUAGUCGAAACUAAUGAACAACACAUCAUACUUUCUGAAAGACAAUAUGCAUUUGCACUGCAGCACCCGAAUAUAGUUCAAUUUCUAACAAGCUUCAAAGAUAAUGAAUACGUGUAUUUAGCUUUUGAGUGGUUACAGGGUGGGGAUCUGUAUUCGCUAAUGAGUUGCCACCAGCUUACUGAAUUGCAAGCGAAAUUUUAUUCAGGACAAAUUAUCAUGGCUUUAGAUUAUCUACACGGGUGCAGCAUUGCCUUUCGUGAUCUCAAACCGGAGAAUAUUGUGUUAACAGGACAUGGCUAUAUCAAAUUAAUUGAUCUCGGUUUAGCAAAACUUAUUCGAGGCUUUAGUCAAACAUUUUGUGGUACUCCGCACUAUAUCGCCCCAGAAAUCAUCAUGCACCGUCCGUACAAAUUCUCGCCUGAUUAUUGGACAUUAGGUAUUAUCAUUCAUGAAAUGGUGACAGGUUCUGCACCUUACGAUCGGACAUAUCAUUUUCAUGAAGCACAAUCGAUUGAAAGUCUCGAAGAUUCUCGGUCUGAAAGUACAAUUGAAAAUGAUUCAUCCGACCUCGUUCGAACGUCGUCAAAGCACUAUAACAUGUUUGCUUUAGAGUACCUGCGUAUUAUCAACGGAUGUUCAUUUCUGCAUUUAACAGAUAUGACCGAACAUUGCGCAUCACUUAUUCGCGGUUUACUUCAACAUAACAUCGAACAACGCCUUGGCUGUGGACAACGCGCAAUGCUCGACCUGCUCGAACAUCCGUGGCUUACUGAAAUUAAUUUCUGGAGUUUAUACCGACAGAAAUAUAUAGCACCUUUCUUACCUGCUCGAAAGCAUUUUCUGCAGGUCAAGGAUUCUGACGAAAUGCCGUCUUGUUUUCUAUUAUCGAUAAAUCUUGUAUCAUUCCUAUUACUUACUUCAUUGAUCUCAUGUUCGUCAUUAUUUCUUCCUUUGAACGCUUUAUCGUAUUACGACAAUGAUCGAUAUUUGCCUUUGCCGGACGACCAUCAACCUUCAAUUAAGUUUCUAACAUCAUUCCGAAACCUCCGUUCAACGUAUUAUCCUCGUGCCAAUCGCAAUACCUGGUUUCGCGUAUCAACUUAUCAACAGUUCAAACCGUCGGGAUCCGAAGAAACACCUAACGGUGACAAUCUGAUGCGAUGGGGGCGCUAA